AUGACGCCAGAGAAUGGCAAAGUAGCAGCGACUAUAGUAUUGCAUGUGUGCAACAAUAUGUAUGCAUUGUCCUUGAUAUUGGAUUACCCUGGUGUUGACUUAGAAGGGCUUAACCGCCAUAGAGUGACCCCAUUAGCAGCUCAAGUGAGGGCAGACCAUGUCGACAUGGUUGAGGAGCUCAUCCGGGCUGGCGCCAAAGUGGCACCCAACAACAACAACAACAACACGCCACUACACCUGGCAGUCGAGGAGGAACUCCGUUCGGUAGCUAGAGUGCUCCUCGAAUAUAAGGCAGACCCGCAUAAGAAGGCUUAUGAUGGGAUCACUCCCCUGGCUAUGGGCUCUUCAACAUUGGACCAACUCGACGAUGCAUUACUAUCGUAUAACGCUGAAGUGGAGGAGAUUCCCACUAGUUCAACCGAGUGGCAUGGUUUUGAAGAGCGGAUGGAGUACUUGAUAGGGAAGGUGCGUCGAUUGAAAAGGCAAGCUAUUGAGGCAGAGGCGGAGGUUCGCAGACGGCAGAGGGAGCAACGCGCCGCUGAUGGAAAGAGUACUGUUGUGCUCAUGCCCUGCCGGCAUAUGUGCGUGUGUACUCGCUGCAGUGAUCGGCUCGGUUCGGAGUGCCCGCUCUGCCGAGAUCAUAUCAAGGAACGCCUUAAAGUCUUCACCUGA